GGAGCAGUCAGUCUACGGAGAGAUCAAUUUAUCGUCGUAGCGACGGGAAUUUUCUCGUCGAGGAGCGAGGCAGCCAAUCGGCGCUCGGCGUCCGGUUGCCUGGCGGCAUCGGCGAGAGGGAAGCAUGGCGGCCACCGGAACGGCGGGCACAGGAGCGGCGGCGCGGACCGAGGCCGCCUCGCCGGCUGCAGGGGGUUUGGUAGUUAACUGGUCAGGUCAAGGAUUGCAAAAGCUGGGUCCAACAUUACCCUGUGAUCCCGAUACUCACACUCUGAUUCUGGACAAAAACCAGAUAAUUAAAUUGGAACAUUUGGAAAAAUGCAGGAAUCUGAUGCAGUUGUCUGUAGCCAACAAUCGUUUGGUGCGAAUGAUGGGUGUAGCAAAACUGACUCAGCUCCGUGUGCUAAACUUGCCUCAUAAUAGUAUUGGGUAUGUAGAAGGGCUGAAGGAGUUGGUGCACCUGGAAUGGCUCAACUUGGCAGGAAACAAUCUUAAGGCCAUUGAGCAAGUCAAUUCCUGUGCAUCUCUUCAGCACCUCGAUUUGUCAGACAACAACAUAUCUCAGCUAGGAGAUCUCUCAAAACUUAUGUCUCUGAAGACCUUGUUGCUGCAUGGAAAUAUUAUAACUUCACUUCGUACUGCCCCUGUUUGCCUACCUCAGAAUCUGACUGUUUUUUCUUUGGCAGAAAAUGAAAUCAGAGACUUAAAUGAGGUUUCUUUCCUGGCUUCUCUUCCUCAACUGGAACAGCUGUCAAUAAUGAACAAUCCUUGUGUGAUGGCCACACCUUCAAUCCCUGGCUUUGACUACAGGCCAUAUAUAGUCAGCUGGUGUCUCAACCUUAAAGUUCUUGAUGGAUACAUGGUUUCUCAGAAAGAAAGUUUGAAGGCAGAAUGGCUGUACAGUCAAGGUAAAGGAAGAUCAUAUCGACCUGGGCAGCAUGUUCAGUUAGUCCAAUACUUGGCUACUGUUUGUCCUCUUAUAUCUACAUACGGUCUCCAGACUGAAGAAGAUGCCAAACUGGAAAAAAUACUGAGUAAGCAAAGGCUCCACCAGAGGCAGCUGAUGUAUCAAAACCAAAAUGAAGGACCAGCUACAUCUUCUGCUUCCAACAGAACUUUGCCUGUUACUUCUGAACACAGCAGUCCAUCCCAUCUACCACAGAUAGUUCUUGAUAAUGAACGAGUCAUCCAGAAGAAUUCCUGGGUUGGACCAAGUGUGAAUGAUGAUCAUUCCUAUGCAGUAAAGAACACUUUUCUUCAUGAAAGAAAUUGUCACAAGGAGCUGUACCUUGAAGACAUACAGACUGAUGAAGACAAACUAAAUAGCAGCCUGUUAUCUUCAGAGUCUACUUUCAUGCCAGUUGCUUCAGGAUUGUCUCCAGUGUCUCCUACUUCAGACCCGAAGUUAUGUGGAAUCAGUUUGGACCUAGAAGAUAAUGAUAGUACUGUAAUUGAAUUUGCAAAAGAUGCUAAUAGAGGAGAAACAGUUAACAAGCAAGAAGAAACUUCUUGGCUUACAAAAGAGGACUCCAACAAAGUGACAGAAAGUGUGGAAGCUCAAGAGCAAAUCAAAGACAGAGUGCAGCUAUCAUCUCUUGAUCUGGUAAAGGCUAACCAGGCUGAUGCUAGCAAUUCUUCAGCAUCCUCUGAAGACCAAGUUCUGCACAGUCAGCCUGGCAACUCAGUAGGCACUGAAUUGAAAGUUACAACACUCUGUACUGAGCAGGUGACAGGAGAAAAUUCAGAUUCUUUAGCUGCUGUUGAUCAAGGUGCAGAUGAACUCCAAAGGAUGACUAAAGCAGCAACCAAGCUUCAAGCCUGCUGGAGGGGGUUUUAUGCAAGGAACUACCACCCCCGAGUCAAGGAAGUGCGAUAUGAAAUUCGACUGAGCAGGAUGCAGGAGCACAUAAUUUGUUUAACUGAUGAAAUACAAAAACUAAGAAAAGAAAGAGAGGAAGAUAAGAUUCAGAGGCUUGUACAGGAGGAAGCUGUCAGAUUUCUUUGGAACCAGGUUAAAUCCCUUCAACAGUGGCAGCUUACAGUGACACAACACUUAGGUGUCUCUUGUCAACUUGGGACCCCUUCAGCUGGUACUUCUUGUCUGCCAGAACCAUCUGCUCAAACAUCUACACGUGAGCAAGAAACCCCAUCAGAUGUUAGUUCUGCUUGGUUAGCUCCAGCUAGUGAUGUUCUUCAGGAGAAGUCUUUGUUACAGUUCCCAGAUUCUGGUUUUCAUUCUGCCAUGGCUGACCAGACUCAUACUGGUGAUUCGUGUGGCUAUGAAAAGAGUUUAACAGAAGGAACUGAGGGCUCUCUUUCAGUGGAAACUGUUAGACAGCGUGGCAAUCCUGUUUUAGAACGUUCUUCAGAUGUAGAAGAUGACCAUGAGGGAUGUGAACAAAGCAGAGAGAGCUCUAAUAAUGAGCAGGACAACAGGCUUCUACAGCAGUAUUUGGAAUCUGUUGAGCAGCUAGAAGAGGCGGAUGAAGGGACAAACUGCAAUGAUGGAAGAGAAGAGGGUAGCUGGCCUCAAAUUGAUAUUUCAGCUGAGAGCCAAGAUUCUUCAUCUGACAUUCUCUCUGUAGGUAUCCCUCAAGGCACAUCUUCCCCGGCACGAGGUGAAAUGAGUCAGACACCUGACAGCUGCAAACUAAAUUCAGGAAUAGGUGAAGGGAAGCAAACAGACUGUGAUUCUUCAUUUCAGAUGCUGCAUGUUGGAAUAGCUGUAUAGUAGGCUCUAUUUCACUAAGGACUAGGGAUUCCAUUUCAGUUUUGUUUGUUUAUUUUUUUCCCCAUUUAUAUAAAACUUAUUUUCAUAUGUGCUCGGAUUUUAUUUAUUUAUGUUUUGUACUCACAUUAACAAUUUGUUUUAAUUAGCAUUCUGCUCAUGUUGCUGAGGACUGACGUAUACUGCUAGCUUGAAAUCACCAAAGUUUUCAGUGGCUUUCAUUAUGCACUUUAUUUUCUAACACUUAGCUGAUAUCCUAGUAACUGGCUUCCUUGAAAUUAGUUCUUAAGGGGCGCAGGGUGAUGUUGGCUGUAAAUUCACCUCAGUGAAAGUGUUAGUUAGUCUUGUGAUUUUUUUUUUUUUCUUCUAGAGAACAGAAUUGAAUCCUUAUUCUUCAAAGAGAAAAAUCUGAUGAAAAAAGAUGAAAGCAGUUGCCUUUCAAGUUUUUGACUACAGCAAAUGUUAGCUAGUGUCUCAAAAAUGUGUUCCAUGAAUCCUGUGUCCAAGCCAGUGACAUCUUUUUGUCUUUUACUUGAAGCUGCUGGCUUGGAAUUUGGUCAGUUACAUAAAUUCUGAAAUAAAGACUUAGGAGUCAGACCUUAGGGAACUUCAAACAAACUUUGGUCUUUGUUUUCCCUGGGGUUGAAUUUCCCUGUUUUUUCUCAGGUAAGAAAAAACUCAAAGUGGAACCUGUAGCAGCCUUUACUAAAUAAGUUUCAAAAGGGCACGUAAUCUGGGAACUUAGUUUCCAAGACUACACUGCUGGGUUUCAGCAGCAGACUUAAUGGUACGUAUUUUGCCUCCACGAGGUUGCUGAUGUCAUUUUGGGAUUCAUGACUUUCUAGACAUGAGUGUGUUUGGAUCACAAUUCCUAUAAACAGGUUUGAAUAUUGAAAGUAAAUGUUGUGGCUUAAAACUAUUGAUAUCUCUCUUCGUUGUUUUUUGGGGGGUCAUUUUUCCUUUUUCUGCUUUUUGGUAUUUGACAUUCCAAUUACGUGUAGAUAGAAAGAAAAAAAAAAACUGUAUUAAUUGCCUAUUGGAAAAUAUGCUUAGUUUCCUAAACUGUGCUUUCCACUUAAACACCAGGCAAGGAAUUGCAUUUCUGUUUUGUCUGAGCCAUUGAAUAUUUUUUCUUCAAUUUUUUUUUAGUGAAAAAAGAUCAGGUAACUUAAUAAAUGACAGAAGUGGGAAGGGAAAAUUGUUUUGCCAAGCAAUUUGAGAUGGAUGUUAGUAAAGGAAAAAUUGACAUGACUUUUAGGGUUAAGUUAGGUUUGCUAUAAUUGCAUUUUGCAACAUGUAGUGAAAAGCCAGUGUUUCAGCAGUUUGCUUACACUAAUUUCUCCAAGAACAAUACUGCCAGUCUCAAAGAUAUAAACACGUGUGCUUAUUGCAUCUCUCUGAACACACAGAUGAACUUCUGGUGCUACUGUGUCACCAAAAUCAACUAGUGCUGUCCUAAAGUAACUCUUCUGACCAUGUUACCGUAUAAAAUAAUAUAGUUGUUGUAAAAGCUUCUGUUGUUUGUCUAUUUUAGGUUCUGAGCUGAAGUUUUUAUCACAGUUCAGGUGUUUGGCAUGAGGUCAGCAUCCACCUGAGGCCUCAGAAUAGCCUUUCUUUAGAACAUAAGUGGUGUACUGGAGUUGUACCAACCCUCUGCUCAAUGGUGGAGUUCACCUUGGAAGAAUAAAGCUUACCUCUAUAUAUAGAGUAGCCAUCAUCUUUUUGUUUAUCUAUUUGGUUUUUCUUUCUGGAAUUCGAAGGCACUGAAUGCUCAAGAGACCUGCCAUUGUAGCCUGGCUGACAACUGACUGUGCCUUGCAUACAUGAGAGCAUUAAAAAAAAAAAUGAGGUGGUAUAUUCUCAAUGUGCUAUUUUCCUAACUCAGUCUAGUUUACAGCAUAUUUGUGGUGUAACCAGAUUCAUCAGUAAUCUUAGAAUUUACACGCUUGCGUGUUGGAAGUGGUAGAGGUGCAUUGAGGUAUCACAGUAUCUAAGUGGCUGUACAAAGUAAUGUGUAGUCACCUGGCCAUUCCCCUGUCCUUUGAAGUUUCUCAAUGUGUAUUUGAGUUGCUCAUCCUUGGAGAUCUCUGCAGUUCUCCUGGACCAUCAGUCUGUUAACCAAGAUCUUGUAAGCCUUUAAAGAGAGUUUUUAAGAGAAAUUAUUUGUCUUUGAAUCAGUUAUUGGACUGUAGCAUCUGAAGGCAGCAGCUAGGUAUAAGAAACCAUAAGCUCUCUUUUGCAGCAGAGUGCUUGAUUAGCAUGUGCCAGAUCUGCAAAAAACUAGACCGCUGUCUGGAUUAAAAAAUGCAUCACUGAAGACACCAAAAUGCUAUAAAUAUUUCUGUUUUGUCCUAGCAUUCACUUUUUUGGCAACAUUUGAGAAGAGACACUUAAUUUUGGAAAUGUGUCAAAGGAUGCAAAGUUGACAAAAGAAAUAUUUCGCGGAAUACUUAGAAUUUCUUAACAUUUCUCUUAUUAUUAGAGCUUACAAACACAAAUGCAAGAAGGCUUAUUUUAACUUAGGUGAGCUGUUGGUUUUGUUUUGUUUUUUAACUUGUAACCUUUACAUCCAAAAUUGAUUUUAUGAAGAUAUAGCAAAACGUGUACCGUCUUAUAAUCACAGAUAUCUUAUUUUUUGUGGAGAGCUUUGAAGUACCAUUGACUUUUUCUGAUGUUCUGAAAAGCAUCUUGUGUAUGCGUAAGAUUGGAAGGUACAGAAAUCAAAUACAUAUGAAACUUUGGAUUAAUAUUUACAGAGCUAAAAGGAAUUAGUUUUUACAUGCACAGAACACUUUCAAUCUGGCCAUUGAAACAUAUACAGGGAAAGGCAUAAUAAGGGAUACAGUAGCAAAAUGAGGAGUCAAACAAAUUCCUACUUCAGAAUGGCUUCUUUAAAUCCAUUUUGAGCUCUCAAAAAAUCAGUAUAUGGAAAUGUACACAUUUCAUAUGUAGUUUAACACUUAAUCUUAUUUGUCUAGUUAAGCUUUCUUCAUCCAAGUCUAGUUUUUUCCACGGAUAGGGAUGUACAGCUCCCUUUGGAGAUGAUGGAGAUUUCAUAAAAGAAUCAAAAGGCCGAAUAUAUGAAAAUCCACAUCUGAAACUUUCCUGUAUUAAUACUGUAUGUCUUUUGGUAGUUUGUGUUUGUGAGGCUUUUGUAUUCAACAGAAGAAUGUACUUUCUAGGAGAAAAGGGGGCUUUUUGGCAUGGACUGACACUCCAGUGCUGAUGAAAGAGGUUUAGUACUGGUUAUCUGUCAGGCAGUGUCUGCUCUGCUGUUAGUGUGGUUUAAGCACUUUGUUCAUUUGGUUUGUCAAGAUUGGCUAAAUGGAGCUUAGACUAACUAUUUAGAAUGAUGAACCAAUGCAACUAGUUUGCCCCCAGUGAGGUAAUUGGCUCAUGCAAACCUUUCAGUUAGUCUGGCAGAGGUGACACCUUUACUUGCUCUUCUCAAGAGGGGCACAAGGACAAAGAUGGCAGUGCAUUUCAGUGUAUUUUCAGGCUUAAUGUUUGAUUGAUAGUAACAUCAGCUCAUUGCUAUUCCACUUUUCUACCAAGUAUGUUUAUUUUACAGAUAUUGCAAUCUUCCAUGUAAUCAGAAAUGCUGUUUUUCUAAUGUAUAUAAUGUUUGAUGCUGUUCAGAUGAUAGUUUAAAAAGUAGAAUAUUAUCGAAGCAAGCAUGUUCAUGCUUUAUAUUUCAAGUUUGUUUUUUUUAAGGUAUUUGGAUUGUAUUGAUUCCUCUGUGUUAGGUAACUUUACAAAGCAAAACACAAGGCAGUGCAUCAUUAAUGAAAGCAGGUGAGCUUGUCUUUCUGCAUUCUUCCAUGAACUGUACUUAAUUGUCACAACUCUGUCCUCCAUCCCUAAAACUCUAAUGGAAUAUUUAGCUGCUGAAUGAAUGCAGCGACUCAAACAUUUUAUUGUGGUGACUGUUACUGUGUGGUGCUAUUUUAUAAACAUCAUCAGCAUGUGCUGCAAAGGUGGGGUGCCUUUAAGGUUCUGAACAUCGACCUGACUUUUCUUUUACUUAAAAGAAAUGGGGUCAUACUUCAGUUGAGUGCUUGUGAACUGGCUGUUUAAGUUGGGAUUUACCAUUAUCUACAUCUUCAGAAGUGUUCUUAUACCACAAAGCAAGAAGGCAUUAAAACUCCAAACCUGAUUUUGUUGCUUCUAGAACACAAAUAUAUUUCAGCUAAUACUAGAGAUAGUUCUUGCUACACUAAACGGUGGAAGUUUAGCAGAUUAUAGUUAAGUUCCUUAAGCCACCACAGACUCUACUUGCAUGCACCAAUUUAAAUUAUGCACUUAGCAGCCAGGCUGUCUGUAUAUAUCUGGUUUUCCUGAAUAAUGUUGUAUGUUACUGAGUUUGGAAUUUAUUCCUGUUUUUUUAUGGAUUUGUAAAUAUUGUCUGAAGAAUUCCAAGCUUAAUUUCUACUUGCAGCAGGUCAUUUGAAGAAAAAUUGAAGGCACAUUCCUUUAAGACUACUUGGGAACUUUUUACUGGAUUUGAAGUUAUAGUGUGUCUUUCACACACGCUUUUUCCUGAGAAGGUAGAAUUGUAGCAGUUAGUAGAGACUCGCUGAAUGAUAAUAAAAUGUUAAAUUG